GGAAGCUUGUACGGCUGUGGUGAGAGUAAUCGUGUUCUCUUUAUCCGGCGGUUUCGAUUUCGAUAUCCUCCUGUGUGGUGUCUUCUUCCUGGGUUUUUCAAUCGGCGCCGUUUCCUACAUUUUCUUCAAUUUCUGAGUAUGUCAGGUGAGAUAGAGGUUGUCGAGCAAAGGAAACCUGAUGAUGCACCCAAAUCAAGUGCCCGCAAUGAUGAUUCACAAAACUCAAGUACAAGUUGUGUGCCUAACUUUGUGCUGUGUGGAAAAUCCCCCAAAGUUACCCAACCGCAGCAGAAGAAAGAUGUGGUCCACGAGAAACCACUGAUGGAUUCACCUUCACUGAACAGUGCGCAGAGCUCUAUGAGAAGGCGGAUGGGAGCUGCUUUGUCCAAGUUUGAUAAGAGAGGGACGGGGAAGCCAGAGACAAAGACUGAAGGAAAGGGAAACAAUGGAACAACUGAGAAGAAACAGGAAGACAACAAAAGUGAGGUAAAGGGGGAAGAGGGACAUAUCAACGAUCCUGUGAGAAACGGAGAGAUAGUCACUGUCCCUGUCCCUGUCCCUGUCCCUGAGAAGAAAGACGAAGUGAACAAAAGUGAGAUAAAAGAAGAAGGCAAUGUUGAGAACAAGGAGGAAGAAGGACAUAUUAGCUGUGAAGAAAAUGGUGUGGGAAACGAAGAGAUAAUGACUGUCCCUGAUUUAACUACUGCAAUUAGUGGUCUCAAGGAAGCAGUGGAUCAAUUAACUAAUGCAAUCACCAAAAACUUUGAGGAGGAUCCAUUAGACAAACACUAUGAGACGCUGUGUAAGGCGGUACAAAUUGUAGCAGUAUUCACCACGGCGGGGUCAUUCUAUAACCCUCCUGGAGGAUUAGAUACGUACGGACAUAUCAGGUUUAGAAGGUCAGCGGGCUAUAAGGUGUACCAUGUGUUGAGCGACCUCUCCUUUCUGCUGGCAUAUGUGAACUUGGUUCAUGUUUUAAAGCCCGUGUCAGAGGAAAACAGGGAGAGUGAGUUGAAGUUAAAGAUUGCCAUAGGAUGGGCUGUUCUGUGGCUCACAGUGAUAUUGUUCCUUGGUUCGUUUGUGGCAGCCUUCUGGGUUGUUUAUCCAGAUGAAUCACUUGAGACCUGGCCUAGGUGGUUCACGUUAGGAACGGCCUUGCUGAAAGUUGUGUGGAGCUUGGUGUUUCUUUUUGGUAUGAAGUGUUGGCGUAUAGUACGUGGGUGGGUGUGUUAAAGAUUGCUAUAUCAGAGGAUGGGAGAGUUUUUGUUUAAUGUCAAUGUGUGUGUUUGGUUCUGUGUCUGUGUUGACUCAAGUAGAGGACGUUUGUGCAAUUGAAACAUGAUAAAAU